AUGUCUUCGUCUGCAACUACAACUAUCCGACCUACACUGACAGCGGAUCAGACAACCGUCAUCGUGGCCUCGGGUGAGUGGUGGCAGUCACAUAACCUAGGCAGGCUGCUAAACCAUAAACAUAAUACAGCAUUCAGGCUACAUAAAGCAGUUGCUCUUAUACAGGACUGCCUAACUGUUGAUUGUUUAGGUUAUGUAUAUUUUGCAUGUGUUAUAAAUAAACAUUUAAAAGCAAUCAUGCAUAACCUAUAUGUUUACUUUAAUGCCACAUAUGUUUUAUAAAGUCUCUUCAUGCCUGUCUUCAUUCUGUAGUGUCCUGCCUGGUGUUCUUCAUAGUGAUUCUCAUGCUCCUGGUGGUCCUGUACAGGAAAGAUCUUCUCUGCCGCAGGUUGUGGAGCUACCAGACCACCCAACACUAUACAGUAAGGCUAUAAGUAGCUCAGUUGUUAGGGCAUGGCACUUGCAACGCCAGGAUAGUGGGUUUGAUUCCUGGGACCACUCAUACGCAAAGAUUUAUACAUGCAUGACUGUAAGUCGCUUUGGAUAAAAGCAAAAUUACAUAUAUUAUUAUUAUUAUAUUAUGUUAUAAAUGUGUUAUAAACAGGGAAAACAUGACUGUCUCAUAGUCGUUGGUGAUUAGGCCUACCACCGUCAUGUCGUCGGCAAACUUCAUGAUGGUGUUGGAGUCGUGCAGGCCACACAGUCGUGGGUAAACAGUUAGUACAGGAGGGGCUAAGCACGCACCCCUGAGGGGCCUCAGUGUUGAGGGUAAGUGUGGCGGAUGUGUUGUUGCCUACCCUCACCACCUAGGGGCGGCCCGUCAGGAAGUCCAGGGUCCAGUUGUAGAGGGAGGUGUUCAGGCCCAGGGUCCUUAGCUUAGUGAUGAGCUUGGAGGGCACUAUGGUGUUGAACGCUGAGCUGUAGUCAAUGAACAGCAUUGUCACAUACACUAUAUAUAAAAAUGUAUGUGAACACCCCUUCAAAUUAGUGGAUUUGACUAUUUCAGCCACACCCGUUGCUGACAGGUGUAUAAAAAUUGAGCACACAGCCAUGCAAUCUCUAAUAGACAAACAUUGGCAGUAGAAUGGCCUUACUGAGUGACUUUCAAUGUGGCACUGUCAUAGCAUGCCACCUAUCCAACAAGUCAGUUCGUGAAACUUCUGCCCUGCUAGAGCUGCCCCGGUCAAAUGUAAGUGUUGUUAUUGUGAAGUGCCAUAUUCUCCCGAGUGGCGCAGUGGUCUAAGGCACUGCAUUGCAGUGCUAACUGUGCCACUAGAGAUCCUGGUUCGAAUCCAGGCUCUGUCGUAGCCGGCCGCGACCGGGAGACCCAUGGGGCGGCGCACAAUUGUCCCAGCGUCGUCCAGGGUAGGGGAGGGAAUGGCCGGCAGGGAUGUAGCUCAGUUGAUAGAGCAUGGCGUUUGCAACGCCAGGGUUGUGGGUUCGAUUCCCAUGGGGGGUAUGAAAAAUAAAAAAAAUAAGGUAUGCACUCACUAACUGUAAGUCGCUCUGGAUAAGAGCGUCUGCUAAAUGACUAAAAUGUAAAUGUAAAUGUAAGUGGAAAUGUCUAGGAGCAACAACGGCUCAACCGCGAAGUGGUAGGCCACACAAGCUCACAGAACGGCACCGCCGAGUGCUGAAGCGCGUAGCGCGUAAAUAUUGCCUGUCCUCGGUUGCAAUACUCACUACCGAGUUCUAAACUGCCUCUGGAAGCAACGUCAGCACAAUAACUGUUCGUCGGGAGCUUCAUGAAAUGGGUUUCCAUGGCCGAGCAGCCGUACACAAGCCUAAGAUCACCGUGCACAAUGCCAAGCGUCGGCUGGAGUGGUAUAAAGCUGGAGUGAUGAAUCACGCUUCAUCAUCUGGCAGUCCGACAGACUAAUCUGGGUUUGACAGAUGCCAGGAGAACGCUACCUGCCCGAAUGCAAAGUGCCAACUGUAAAGUUUGGUGGAGGAGGAAUAAUGGUCUGGGGCUGUUUUUCAUGGUUCGGGCUAGACCCCUUAGUUCCAGUGAAGGUAAAUAUUAUGCUACAGCAUACAAUGAAAUUCUAAACGAUUCUGUGCUUCCAACUUUGUGGCAACAGUUUCGGGAAGGCCCUUUCCUGUUUCGGCAUGACAAUGCUCCCGUGCACAAAGGGAGGUCCAAUACAGAAAUGGUUUGUCGAGAUCAGUGUGGAAGAACAUGACUGGCCUGCACAGAGCCCUGACCUCAACCCCAUCGAACACCUUUGGGAUGAAUUGGAACGCCGAGUGCGAGCCAGGCCUAAUCGCCCAACAUCAGUGCCCAACCUCACUAAUGCUCGUGGCUGAAUGGAAGCAAGUCCCCGCAGCAAUGUUCCAACAUCUAGUGGAAAGCCUUCUCAGAAGAGUGGAGGCUGUUAUAGCAGCAAAGGAGAGACCAACUCCAUUUUAAUGCCCAUGAUUUUGGAAUGAGAUGUUCGACGAGCAGGUGUCCACAUACUUUUGGUCAUGUAGUGUAUAUACUCCUGAGUGGCGCAAUGGUCUAAGGCACUGCAUCGCAGUGCUAACUGUGCCACUAGAUAUCCUGGUUAGAAUCCAGGCUCUGUCGCAGCCGGCCGCGACCGGGAGACUCAUGGGCGGCGCACAAUUGGCCCAGCGUCGUCCAGGGUAGGGGAGGGAAUGGCCGGCAGGGAUGUAGCUCAGUUGAUAGAGCAUGGCGUUUGCAACGCCAGGGUUGUGGGUUUGAUUCCCACGGGGGGCCAGUAUAAAAAAUUAAAUUUAAAUUAAAAAAAUGUAUUCACUAACUGUAAGUCGCUCUGGAUAAGAGCGUCUGCUAAAUGACUAAAAUGUAAAAUAUAGUGUAGGUGUUCCUCUUGUAUAAAUGGGAAAGGGCAGUGUGGAGUGCAAUAGAGAAUGCAUCAUCUGUGGAUUUGUUGGGGCGGUAUGUGAAUUGGAGUGGGUCCAGGGUGUCUGGGAUGAUGGUGUUGAUGUGAGCCAUGACCAACCUUUCAAAUCAUUUCAUGGCUACAGAUGUGAGUGUUACUAAAUUAUAGUCAUUUAGACAGGUUACCUUGGCGUUCUUGGGCACAGGGACUAUGGUGGUCUGCUUGAAACAUGUAGGUAUUACAGACUGGGUCAGGGAGAAGUUGCUCUGAGUAUGCAUCCUGGUAAUCCGUCUGGCCUUGUGAAUGUUAACCUGUUUAAAGGUCUUACUUACAUCGGCUACGGAGAGCGAGAUCACACAGUCGUCCGGAACAGCUGGUGCUCUCAAGCAAGGUUCAGUGUUGCUUGCCUCGAAGCGAGCAUAGAAGGCAUUUAGCUAGUCUGGUAGGCUUGCAUCACUGGGCAGCUCGCGGCUGGGUUUCCCUUUGUUAUCUGUGAUAGUUUGCAAGCCCUGCCACAUCCGGUGAGUGUCAGAGCCGGUAUAGUAGGAUUCGAUCUUGGUCCUGUGUUGACGCUUUGUCUAUUUGAUGAUUUGUUGGAGGGCGUAGCUGGAUUUCUUAUAAGCAUCCAGAUUAGUGUCCCGCUCCUUGAAAGCGGCAGCUCUAGCCUUGGCUCAGUGCGGAUGUUGCCUGUAAUCCAUGGCUUCUGGUUGGGAUAUGUACGUACGGUCACUGUGGGGACAAGGUCAUCGAUGCAGUUAUUAAUGAAGCCAGUGACUGAUGUGGUAAACUCCUCAAUGCCAUCGGAUGAAUCACGGAAAAUAUUCCAGUCUGCGCUAGCGAAACAGUCCUGUAUCUUAGCAUCCGCAUCAUCGGACCACUUGCCAAAUGGAGGGUGAGGGAGAGCUUUGUAUGCGUUUCUGUUUGUGGACUAAAGGUGAUCGAUCUAGUUGACAUGCUGAUAGAAAUUAGGUAUGACGGAUUUCAUUUUUCCUGCAUUAAAAUCACCGGCCACUAGGCGCGCUGCCUCUGGAUGAGCAUUUUCUUGUUUGCUUAUGUCCCUAUGCUGCUCAUUGAGUGAGGUCUUAGUGCCCUCAUCGGUUUGUGGUGGUUAAUAGACAGCUACCAAAAUAUAGAUGAAAACUCUCUUGGUAAAUAGUAUGGUCUACAGCUUAUCAUGAGGUAUUCUAACUCAGGCGAGCAGAACCUUGAGACUUCCUUAAUAUUAGAGCUCGAGCAUCAGCUGUUGUUAACAAAGAGACACACAUAUGUAGGGAAUAGGGUGCCAUUUGGGACACCGACCAUGUAAUUGGUCUGGUGGUAUUAUGAGACCAUCUUCUAAUCUAAGGCAAUGGGUGGCCAAUCUUAUCAACAAAGGGAUCUACUGUAUGGCUGUUUUAAAAGGUUUACGUGAAUAAGAUUUCCCUGUAAGGCUCUGUUUCUGUAUUUCUUACGAUACAGACCUGAGAGAGCAAGCAGUGACAACUCAGUUGAUAAAGGUUAAGAUCAAUACCCCCUGCUUUUUGCAUCCAUAUUUCUCUCCCCUAUCGAGAAUGCAACCACAGCUAAACUCUCAUUUGACCUUUUAGUUGGUUGUAUCAACAACAUUGUUAUUAUUCUGUUACUAUACAAUAAUUUGCUAUUCAACCAUAGGCUACUCAUCUGAGAUAAGUUUUCAUGCCUGUUUUUCCUUUGCAUCACAUGCUAGUCAGUUACAGUGCAGGCCAUACUCUAGCCCCAUUUGCCUCCCACUGCCUUCCUUCCAUUCAUUUCAAUAUUUUACAUUAAAAACCUCAACACUUGUUAAACCAGUAUCAGUUAAUUAUAUGAGAAAUUAUGCUGUGUUAUUAUGUACACAAUGUUAAAAUCCAUACACUGUUAUCAGUAGUGGAAAGGUAUCCAUGAGACCGCAAAAGGGAUAAAGAAAGGAAUAAGAAAUGAAGAAGGGAUACAGAAAGAAACCGUUGGAUAUAACUUUAAAAUUUGGCACAGGGCAUUUUCCAUUGUGUGGUAAAUCAUUUUUUUGUUGCAUAACAUGCAUCAGACAAGGAGAACAGCCCUUAUCAAGACUGAUUUUUAGUUUAGUAGAGUAUAUUAUUUGGCUUGAAGAAUUUAAUCAUAGCUCUAUAGCCAAGUUACUCAAUCAUCACCUAGUAACUUUAACUUGAUGUCUUUGUUUUUGCUGCAGCCUUAUUACUUGUAAAGAUAGAAUAGAACAGAAUAACUAUAUUUUACACAGAUGGAACUUCGGUAAGAUGUAAGACAAUUCUCCACUGUAGUGUAGACAGACUAACCAGUCUUGCCUAUCUUCUUUCCCUACCUAGGACGCUCCACCCCAGUACAACAUCAGACAGUCUCUAGUAGGGUAUCCCUAUGAGGAACAGACUGCUGCCAUGACCCACGGAAAUGUGGGGUCCCAGGUGAAAAAAAUCCUCUGUAUUUACAUAGUAUUACCCAUAGAGAUAUUAUCCAUUCAUUCAUUUUUCUCUAUUAUAAUCUCUGUUCAAAAACCAUCUGAGCUGGUUUCACAGUGUUAUUGAUGCCCAGUGCCAUUUGUUUUCAGUUGUCCUUUUACCCAGGAGAAAAUAUUGACUUUGAUGUACCUCAUCACUGUAAUUUACACAGGCAGCCCAAUUCUGAUCUUUUCCCACUAAUUGGUCUUUUGACCGUUCAGAUCAACACUUGAAAAAUAGAAAAAGUGAUAAAAUAUAAACAUGUUUGCAUGUGUGUCUGCAGCUUCCAGGGAGGCUGUUUAUCAUCGGUAAGCCGAGCAGCUACCACCUGGAUGGGCCCCUGCCCCGCCUGCCAUCCUACGAGAGCGUCCGUAAGAAGGACCGCCAGAGACAGAUCCACUCCAUGAUAGCCGACCGCUUUGGUCUCAGCCCCACACAGUCUGAAACGGCGGUAAGUUACUCCUAUGUUCUGGACACUGUAUAAAUUAGUUGACUAAGAACACAUUCUCAUUUACAUCAAUGAAACUGUGGAAGGAUGUUGAUGUAUUCAUUCAGAACAUUUAUUACAGUAAAUGUUAUCUCAUAA